AGCCCAUUGUCCAGAGCAGUAGUAGGCACAGCAAAGAGAGCAAGAAGCACCAACAUGAUCGUGUCACAGAGCUUGGUCAAGUCAUGAAGAGGCAAGUUGUACGUGGCCGAGAUCUGAAACUGUCAUGGGUCCAGGGGUUUGGCUGUAGAGAGGUCCAAGUCGCCCCCGUGAGACUUCUGCGGCCACAAGAAAAAAGUUGAAGCGCGACAGACACACUCAAAGCGACUCUUCAUCCUCUCGAGCACUUGCAUUGCGCGCCUGCUUUCAGCGUUCAGAGCAGAAUAUCUUAGUCGCCCAAUCCAAGCAGACUUAGCUCCUCGAAGCAUCUACAACUCUCUCCGCAGUCAGUCCUAAGAGCAACCCUCACACAAAAUGAGAGUCCACACCUGCUACUUCUGCUCAGGCCCCGUCUAUCCCGGCCACGGCAUCAUGUUUGUCCGUAACGACGCCAAAGAAUUCCGCUUCUGUCGUUCAAAAUGUCACAAAAACUUCAAGAUGAAGCGAAACCCACGUAAAGUACGCUGGACGAAAGCGUUCCGCAAAGCAGCAGGCAAGGAGAUGGUGAUUGAUAGUACAUUGACGUUUGCAGCGCGUCGCAAUGUACCAAUCAAGUAUAACCGGGAUACGGUUGCCAAGACACUGCAGGCGAUGGAGCGGGUCAGUGAGAUUCGCAAGAAGCGCGAAUUGGCCUUCUACAAGAAUCGUAUGGUGGGUAACAAGGAGCGCGAGUUGGCGGCGGCCAAGGUGCUUGUGGCUGCGAACCCAGAGAUGUAUGCUGAGCAGGCAGAGCAAGAGGACGAGGAGAUGGAGGUGAGUGAGGAGGAAGAGCAGGUGGUUGAGAAGCAGAAGAUUCCAAUCUUGCUCAAGAACAAAAAGACACGGCCUCGGCGUGCUGUGGCAUAGAUCUAGCUAUGGCCCUGCUUCUUGCCUUUUCCUGUUUCCGUAGCACGAUAGCGAACAGCGAUGCAUUUCUACUUGACUUG